AUGCUCUCGUACAAACCAAAACCGCAUUCACUGCUCAGUCUCAGGGCCCAAAAACGGUUUAUAGUAUCACCACCACACCGUUCUUCGCCAGCUCCAGCUUCAGCCACCACCCAUUCAUACAAUGCAAUCAUCAAUCGCCAUUCAACCCAAGGUUCUCACCGUCAAGUUCUCAUCACCUAUGCAUCAAUGCUCAAUGCACACGUCCUUUCUGAUGCCUACACCUUCCCCAGUCUUCUCAAAGCAUGUUCCUCUCUUAACCUCUUUCUCUCAGGCAUUUCACUUCAUCAACGCGUCAUCGUUAAUGGGUUAUCCACGGAUUCUUACAUUGCUUCCUCAUUGAUCAAUUUCUAUGUUAAAUUUAGGUGUUCUGAAGUUGCCCGUAAAGUGUUUGACUUUAUGCCUGAGAAAAAUGUUGUACCUUGGACUACCGUUAUUGGGUGUUAUUCUCGUAUGGGUAAUGUUCCUGAGGCAUUUUCUUUGUUUCACCAAAUGCGUUGCGAAGGAACUCAACCCAGUAGUGUUACUUUGUUGAGCUUGUUGUUUGGUGUUUCGGAGCUUUCUCAUGUGCAGUGUUUGCAUGCUUGUGCAACUUGUUAUGGGUUUAUGUCAGAUUUGAACUUAUCAAAUUCUUUGCUGAAUGUGUAUGCGAAAUGUGGAAGCAUUGAAGAUUGUAGGAAAUUGUUUGAUUUUAUUGAUCAAAGAGAUAUUGUUUCAUGGAAUUCUUUACUAUCUGCCUAUGCCCAGAUUGGGGAUUUAUGUGAAGUUUUGCUGCUUCUUAAGACAAUGAAGGUACAAGGUUUUGAGGCUGGUUUACAGACUUUCGGGUCUGUGUUGUCUGUGGCUGCAUUGAGAGGUGAUAUGAGAUUGGGAAAGUUAGUUCAUGGCCAAAUUUUAAGAGCUGGUUUUGACUUAGAUGCACAUGUUGAAACAUCGUUGAUUGUAAUGUACUUAAAAGGUGGAAACAUUGAUGUUGCAUUUAGAAUGUUUGAACGGAGUUUAGAUAAGGAUGUAGUUUUGUGGACAGCAAUGAUCUCUGGCCUUGUGCAGAAUGAGAAUGCAGACAAAGCACUUGCAGUUUUCAAUCAGAUGUUGAAAUUUGGGAUGAAGCCGUCUACUGAGACUAUGGCCAGUGUGAUUACCGCUUGCACACAAAUGGGCUCUUAUAAUAUUGGAACAGCUAUUCAUGGUUAUAUAUUAAGGCAAGAAUUGUCAUUGGAUACUGCUGCUCAUAACUCUCUUGUUACCAUGUAUGCAAAAUGUGGCCACUUGGAUCAGAGUUCUAUUGUAUUCGAUAACAUGAGCAAAAGGGAUUUAGUUUCAUGGAAUGCCAUAGUUGCAGGAUAUGCUCAAAAUGGCUAUGUUUAUAAGGCAUUUUCUCUUUUUAAUGAAAUGAGGUCAUGUCACCAAACACCUGAUUCAAUAACCAUUGUUUCCCUUCUUCAAGGGUGUGCAUCCACGGGGCAACUACACCCCGGAAAAUGGAUCCAAGGGUUUGUAAUAAGAAAUGGUCUUGGGCCUUGCAUCUUGGUUGAUACUUCUUUGGUAGACAUGUACUGUAAAUGUGGUGAUUUGGACACUGCCCAAAGGUGUUUUAACCAGAUGCAAAGUCAUGAUUUGGUCUCAUGGAGUGCCAUAAUUUCAGGAUAUGGCUAUCAUGGUAGAGGAGAAACUGCAUUGAGGUUAUACUCAGAGUUUCUAGAAACUAGGAUUAAACCCAACCAUGUGAUUUUCCUCUCAGUUUUAUCUUCUUGUAGUCAUAAUGGACUUAUCGAUCAAGGCUUGAACAUAUACAAAUCUAUGACUCGAGAUUUUGGGAUUGCACCAAAUCUCGAACACCAUGCUUGUGUGGUAGAUCUCCUCUGCCGUGCUGGAAAGGUAGAGGAGUCGUAUAACUUGUACAGGAAAAUGUUCUCAGAACCUGCACUUGAUGUGUUGGGCAUAAUCCUCGAUGCUUGUCGAGCAAAUGGUAAUAAUGAACUUGGUGAUACAAUUGCCAAUGAUAUUCUCAAGCUGAGGCCUAUGAGUGCUGGAAAUUAUGUACAACUAGCACACUGCUAUGCAUCAACUAACAAGUGGGAAGGUGUGGGUGAGGUUUGGACUCAUAUGAGAUCUCUUGGCUUAAGAAAAAUUCCUGGUUGGAGCUUUAUUGACAUACAUGGGAUCAUCACUACAUUUUUCACAGAUCAUAACUCACACCCUCAGUUUCUAGAAAUAGUGAAUACCAUGAAAAUAUUGAGAAAGGAAAUGAACAAAAUGGAGGAAGUAGACAUGAACUUUGAAAGCAACCACACCCAUAUUUAUAACUUAUAUGAUGAAAAGUUAUUAUGA